AUGGAUAACUCCGGGAAUGUGUUCUUAUAUCUCCUGCUCUUCUUUAUGUUCUACCCUUUUGCAACUGCUUUAACCUUCAACUUCCCAAGCUUUCCCAAUGGCACGACCAACAUAUCCCUUGAGGGAGAAGCAUAUAUUGAUACCCAACUCAUCAGACUCACUAGAAGCCCUGGAGAAACUGGGAACGUCGGUCGAGCAACUUACCCGUCAAACGGAUCCUUACUCAACAGUGCAGCAGGAAAUGGUGCUAAGCUCGGCCUUCCUGUCGAAGACCUCUCAGGAGACAUCUCGAAGGCUCAGUAUCCGUUUGUGGCAGUGGAGUUUGAUAUCUUCAAGAAUACGCCACCAACCAUCAGGGAUCCCGAUGGUGAUCAUGUCGAUAUCGACAUCAACUUUCUCAAGUCUAAUCUUACCGCACCUUGGAAUGGUGGUAUUGAGGAAGGAAAACGAAAUAGUGCUCGGAUUACAACUCCAGCUCAAAAAAUCUAUUGA